AUUUUGCUUCCACUUGCACUUGCACUUGCUCUCUUCCCGAUCCCACUCCCCUUCGCUUCCCUUGCUUCCACUUGCUCUCUUCCCGAAUCCCCCUUCCCUUCCUCUUCCACUUCCCUUCCCUACCCUUGUGUAUCAAUCAAUCGAUAACACUCUUCUUCAGGCCGUCGUCAGCUGAGGUCGAACCGUCUGCAAAAGGGGAUCUUUCGAUCGAUUGAUUUUGUAGACCGAUCGAUCGAUCAAUCGAUUCUAGUCGUGCGGAGGAAGAGAUGGACACUCUGUACAGCGCCAUAAAGGAGUUCGUGGGGUUUGGGUUCAAGAUCAAGAGCGCGCUGGAGAGCGCCAAACACAACAUGGAGGAGUGCCGCAAGAUCGACGCCCUCCUGCUCAGCCUCAGAGCCAUCUCCAAGCACCUGCAGCGGUCGCCCAAGAUCAUGGAGGACGACUUGAUGAGGGGCACGGCGGAGGGCCUACGGAAGGCCCUGCAGCGCGCGUCCGAGUUUGUCGACAAGUGCAAGCGCAAGGGGGUCCCGAGCCGUGCUUUUAACGCCAAAGACAUCGCCGAGAAGCUGCACGGGGUCUGCUUCCAUGUGCUGCUCAACAUGUGCGCCGUGCUGCUUGCCAUCGGUGUCUUUAACAGCUCGCAGCAGGCCGAGCUUAAGGAAAAUAUGGCUCAGCUCCGCACCGACGUCACCAAUACCAACUCAAUGUUGGCCAAGAUUCUGCAGAUUGUUGCUGCUGCACGGCCCGAUGCUGAUCUGCCACAAGAGGUGGAAAAAUUGGUGGAGGACGACCAGAUCAGUUCUCAAAUUAGGAACAAAGGGAAGGCAAAGGAAACAGUUGCAGCUACUUCUCAAGACAAAAACAAAGGGGAGUCAAAGAAAAUAGAUGUUACCAGGACGGAAGUUAAGAAUCAGAAGAAAAACAAGAAACUACGGCCUAGCACGGUGGUGCCACAUGCUUCCUUACCAGAUGUAAAGAGACAAGCCGGAGAAUUGAAGUCAUUCAUUGUUGGCAAGCUGAAUAUGGACAGUGGCUUUAUGGUGCAUGUUGAGAACCUGAAGGCAGAGGUGUAUCGGGCAAUGCUGACAGCUAUCACUUGUCACCCAGCAACCUGCCAGAUCAUAUCAAGACCAAUAGAGGAUACGACCUUGGAGACAUCCAUUGACGCGCACCCCACUAAGCCAUGGAUUGUGACGGGUCAUGAGGAAGGGAGUUUUUCCAUUUGGGACUACCAGAAGAAGGAAACUGUGAUGGAGUUGCAGCUCAAUGACAAGGGUGCAUGCCAGCGACCUGCCAUUUUUCAAUACUUCAAAGAGAAGCCUGUCCAACAUUCAAUUUUUUCAGUCAAAUUUACAGCUGAAGGGAAAUGUUUGGUAGUGGGGGAUGGUCACGGACACAUCUAUGUCUAUGAUUACACCGACACUAAGCCACACAAGGUUAAAGCUCAUGGCAAAUCUGUGAACUCUCUGGCUGCUCACCCAACAGAGCCAUACCUUCUUUCAUUGUCUGCUUUUGGUAAGGAGAAAGCUCAUGGCAUAUCUGUGGACUCUCUGGCUGCUCAUCCAACAGAGCCAUACCUUCUUUCAUCAUCGGUUUUUGGUAGAAAUAUCAAGGUUUGGGACUGGAGCAAGAACUGGAAGAAAUUUCAAAAUUUCUACGUGAAACCUGAGAAUACAUAUUACGAUGGUGUGCACAGUGUAAAGUUUAAUCCAAGGGACACUAACACUUUUGCUUGUGUUACCUCUUAUGACGGAGUAAAGGCCGGGAACAUCAAAACUUCCAGUCUUGAAACCACACUGAAGGGGCCAUUCGUCAUGGCCGAUUAUUUCUUCACUCGCGGUCAUCAGCACUUGAUGGUUACUUUGAGAUCUAACUCACACAACUCUGAGAUAUGGGAUUUGAAGACACGAGAAGUUGUUCACACUCUUAGCAUGAGUGGGCGUAAAACGACCUGGGUUGCUUGCCACCCAAAGCUUCCAAUACUGGUUACAACGUUAGAUGACGGGACUGUAUGUUUGUGGCAUGCCAGUACCUACAGGCUUGAGAAAAUGGUCCACAUUACCAACAGCAAGUGUCGUGAUUUGGUAUUUGUCCAAGACAUAAAUGGUCGACCCAGGCUCGCUAUAGCAUUUGAGACAAUGAUAGCAAUCAUGGAGGUUAAUUUGCCAAUUGCGAAUACAAGCAAUGCAAGUGGACUAAUAACGGGAACUAACUAGGAACGACCUCCCCAGGAGGCAAGGCAACGAAGUCCAUCACGGAGAUUGGGAUAAUGUAUUUAUGUAUUUCACGAAUUGAUAUUUCCUCUUGUAAUUGAUAUUGUAAAAUACUGUUGUGGAUAAGAAUACUUUUGUGAGCAUUGCGAUAUUGUUAAUAUUUUUCUGAAUUUUA